CGUUAAUUUUGUGAAAUUUUGUGAAUUAUGUUGAGCGCAGCAUUUAGUUAGUGUGUUCCUUUCCUUUCUUUACAAUUCGUAUUGGCGAUGGAGCUCUAUCUUAAGCAGUACCACGAUGAAGAGAUUACCGAUCUGCUCAACAAUCCCGACGAUCUGCUUCAUGUUUCGAUUCACGUAAACCUUAGUCACCUGCAGCGGAAACAGCCCCUGUUGUACGAACGCAUCCUGCAGGACACCGACGCCGAGGUACUGCGAUGGAACGAAUGUUUGCUGCUCGCCCAGAAAGGCCUGAUCGAGGGCAAUCUGUUUCUGGAACCGGGGUUCCAGAUCAAGCAAAAUUGUCACACACGGUUCGUGAAUAUGCCGAUUUCCCCGGCUGAACAGUUGCAGCGUAAGCAAGCCUACCCGAGCAACGAUCAAGUCGGGCAGUUUCUGCAAGUGAAGGGAAGCGUGAUCCGCAUGACUUCGUCCCGGUUUCUAGUGUACAAGCGCGAGUACACGUGCACGCGGUGCAAAUGUAAGAUGCUGCUGGAAGCUGAGUACGGUCGAUCGUACGUGUUCGACCCACCGGGGGCGUGCCCGGCAGCAAAGGAUUCCGGCUGCCGGGGACAUUUGCAACCGGUGUCGGCCCAACCGCAACCCGAGUACUGCCGGGACUAUCAAGAGAUUCGAAUCCAGGAGAUCAUGAGCGAAAGGAACGUGCCAGCAUCGUUGGUGGUAACGCUCGAGGAUGAUCUGGUCGAUAGCUGCCAGCCGGGCGAUUGUGUCACCGUUUGCGGUCGCAUUGAGCACAGAUGGAAACCGCCAGUGCUGGGAAAACGAACGGAAGUAAGCAUCGCGAUGCGUGCCAAUAGUUUGGCGCGAGAGGAAAGUAAAGCAAGCUGGGCGAAGGAUUUGCCGGAGCACUUGCUGUGCUUGCAGGCCGAGUGGCAGGAGGUGUUGAGGGAUAUCGGUGAGCUUGCGGCCAGAGAUUUGCUUGUUCAAUCGAUCGCACCCAACAUACGUGGCAUGUAUCCGGUAAAGUUAGCGGUUGCCCUUGCGCUCGCCUCCUGUACUGAGCGACCGGUCGACGCAGACCAGCAAACGGGAACAACCACCGUACGUGGCCACUCCCAUCUUCUGCUGGUUGGUGAUCCUGGUUUGGCAAAGUCACAGCUUCUCAAGUUCGCUUCGGAGAUUGCUAGCCGAGCAGUUUAUACGACCGGAAUGGGAUGCUCAUCAGCUGGACUGACGGCAGCCGCGGUGAAAGAUGAGGGCGAAUGGCAACUAGAAGCCGGUGCGCUAGUACUGGCCGAUGGGGGGAUAUGCUGCAUCGAUGAGUUCAAUUUAAUGCGCGAAACUGACAAGGCCUCGAUACAUGAAGCCAUGGAGCAGCAAACUAUUAGCGUGGCCAAGGCCGGCAUGGUGUGCAAACUGAGCACACGGUGCGUGGUGUUGGCGGCCACCAACCCAAAGAACCUGUACACCAUGUCCGACGGGGAGGGUACAUCGGCAGCCAACAUCGGUAUCGGUGGUCCACUAUUAUCACGCUUUGAUAUUGUACUGAUCCUGCGCGAUAUUCGUGCCCCGGACUGGGAUGCGGAUAUCGCAAGCCACUUGCUCAGUAUGGCGUUGCUUGACGAAGAACGGGAACGAUUCGGUGUGGAUUCGUACGAUCGCAUCGAUCAGCUAGCCCAUUGGGAUCUGGAGAAGCUGCAGCUUCAUUUUGCCGCUAUCAAGGACAUUCAUCCACGUGUUUCGCCGGAAGCAAACAUGAUUCUCGGUGCGUACUAUAAAGCGUGUCGUGCCGAUCCCUUCCGCGAUCAGACUCGUACCACCGUCCGAUUGCUGGACAGUCUGUUCCGGCUGGCGCAGGCGCACGCUCGGCUGUUGUUCCGCACAGAGGUUACACCGAUCGAUGCUAUAACCAUUAUCGAGCUAAUGGAGGCGAGCUGGGGCUUUGGCAAGAUCGGCAUCAGACCGUACGAUCCUAUCAAAGCGAAGCUUCCGCUUGGCCCGGAACAGGGUCUCAUCGAUCAGUUGCUAAGCCUUUUGCAGCUAGACGAACGCGCUGUGCUGGACAGUGCAACUGUUCGACCGAUCGAUCCAAACGUGCUGCGCCGUUAUCAGAGAGAAAUGAUUGCUAAACAGAAAGCUAAGCAGGCGGUGAAGAAAAAGGAAGAGGAACAGCAGCACCACGGGAUGUUUGCAGUGAAGAGCACCUUAUCACAGCAACAGCAGCCAUUAAGUGGUUUUACGUCUCCCUCAAUGUCCAGCACACAAAUCACUGCUGGCAUCCCGAAGGCCACAGCGACCGAUAACCAGCAAACCCAAGCAAGAAGCUACACAAAAUAUGCCAUUCAACCCAGAGCUAAUUUGAAGAAGCUAAAAAAAGCACCAGAAUUCGAUGAAGCGGAGCCCGCAUUGGUCGGCGCAGGGUCUAGAAAACGAAAGCACCAGUUGGUUGAGGAAGAUCCAUCAUUGAAAACCCCACUGGAUCAUCAAGAACUUGGGGGUUUACUAGACACUUUACGUAAAAACUUUGCCGCAACGGAUAAGGAAUUACAAUCGGAAAAAUCGAAGUCCGAGGAGUUGGAUGUUCCACCGCAAAAUGUGCGAACACAGAUCGACGGAUUGACCGGCCAGAUUAGCCAAAACAAGAACAAAUCGUUUAGUGCACUCCUGGACUCGAGUAAAGUGUUCGGGGAUGAUGAUGAUUUUGAGGAUGACUUUUUGACGAAUGGGUUAAUGAAGGUAUCCUCUUCUUCGGUUACUAGUAGACCACACAAGGACAAGCAAGACCGGAUACCCAGUGGGCAGCCAGAAGGCGGCGAACGAUUACCCCCACUGGAUGAUACUGUUUUAACCAAUCUCGUAUCAGAAACACACGGACAAUCAGCCUAUCAAAUCAAACGUCCAAGCCAGAGACAACUUAAAAACACACAAAUGGUUACAAUGGUAACCUCUAGCUCGAGCACUGCAAUCAACGAUGAGCAAGACGAUCUUUUGAAUUUUGAAAUUGAACCAUCCGGCAGUUGUCCACUGUUGAAUGAGGAAGACGAAGGGACGGCAUCUGGACCCGGAAUCCGCACACAAACCCGCCAGCGAUUGCAGCAGUUUGAGUUCCGCGUGAAACUAAAACCGGGCGCCCCAAAAGACGAUAGCGCGUACGAUUCGAUGCGGGAUCAUACGAGUGGUGGCAGGCCCGACCAGAAACAAAGUGGACAACAAUCACAGUACAGCGGACUUCUUUCCGAUCUGGCUAACCACGGUGACGAUGGUGAUAUCGAACUUAAUCUGUCCGAUAUUGAGCUGUAACGUGUGGGGUGAGCAUAUUAAAAUAAUCUGUGAUAUCUCGCUUUACAACAUGUUCAACGUUAUUCAAUAAAAGGAUUAUAAA